ACAAGCCUUCACGUCAUGGAUGUUUUGGUUUUUAUCGGCGGCUUCACACACUCAAAAGUUACCCAUGAUCCUCCGCAGAGCCUGACUGCGCCUCAUUCAAAAAUGGAGGAAGGUGAGAGAAAGUCUGAAAUUAUGCGCCGUCCAGCACCUUCCCAAACAUCUGACCAGCAAAACACUACAGAAACCGCCGGUCAAACUGACGAAGACGACGUCGAAACUAAGCUGGAUAUCGGAUCGGAUAAGUUUGACCCUCUGCUCGCUCUGUAUUCCCCUCAAGUGCCUCUGCCUUACCCUAAUAUAAAGUGCUUUAAUAACAUCGCGGAAUAUGAGAGCUUCAUGAAAGGGGGUCGAGGUCGAGCCAAACCCGAAAAUGUGGAGAAGAGACUAAGAAAAGCUCAGAAAGGUAAAGCUGAUCCGGAGAGGAUCGAGAGGCUGAAGAGACUGAUGGUGAACAACCCGGUGCCGGAGGACGAGGGAGAGGGGAGCGGAGUCAAGCGGCCGCCGCGGCAAAGAAAAACGGCCAAAAAUGUGCUCACGAGGAUGCCAUUGCACACAGGCAGUCCAUUAGGACAACUGAACCGAUGUGUUCAGGAGAAAAUCAGAGUCAAAGUUCACAUCAGGACCUUUAAAGGGCUCCGGGGAGUGUGUUCAGGUUUUGUGGUGGCAUUUGAUAAGUUUUGGAACCUGGCAAUGGUGGAUGUGGAUGAAACAUACAGGGAGCCGCUUCUGGGACAAGCACUGUAUCAUGAGAAAGCGCUUACUAUCACAAGGCUGUUUGAAAAGCUAAAAGUGCAAGAGACUGUAGCCCUCGGUGCGGUUGAGAAGAAGCAAGGAGAUAAACUCUUAAAGUCAGACCCACAAAGUAGUUCAUCUCAACUCAAAGACCAAAGCAGGAGGAGAACUGACCCAGGACACAACAAGGAGAAACCUGAGCGCUCCGAGAAAGACGAGAGUACAUCAAGAGAGAUGCAAAAAUCUGAAAGCAGGCCUAAAGUGGAGUAUGGAAGAGUGCACACACGUCACGUCAAUCAGCUGUUUAUACGAGGAGAAAACAUACUACUCGUGAACAUACAACAGGAUUAAAAACUUCAGGUUUUUUGGAAAUCACCCAGAAAGAUUUUAUGUAUCAUAUUGAUAUGUAAAUCACCAGAUGGAAUUGUUAAAAAUUGAGUAAAAUAAACUCUUUUAAUUGUGUUGGGUCAAUUUGUUGAUCUAUUCAACACACACAGUUUGCUUUUGCGUUGAAUGACCUCUAGGGGGAAGUAAAACACUGAUGCACAGU